AUUAGACUUGAAGAGACAGACAGACGUCAAACACACCAGUCAUCAUGCUGAUUCUCCUUGCUGCCAUCUUUGUCCUUCAUAUCACAGCCAUCAUCCUCCUCCUGGUGGCUACCAUUGACAAUGCUUGGUGGAUGACUAAAGACAUGGCCACCGACGUUUGGGCUCGGUGGAUAUACGCAAAGGGAGUGUGGAACUAUACUGAUCUCCCUGAAGGAUCACACUACCCACAGGAUUAUCUCCAGGCAGUGCAGGCCAGCUCAGUGCUAGCUUGUAUAUUCUCCAUCCUGGCCAUCUUUGUGUUUGUGGCUCAGCUCUUCACUCUGGAGAAAGGACAGAGGUUCACCAUCACUGGAAUCUUUCAGUUCCUUGCCUGCCUGUGCAUCAUGAUUGCAGCCUCCAUCUAUACAGACCGCUUCCACAAGGAUGAGAAAUUCGGCUGGUACGGUCACAGCUUCAUCCUGGCGUGGAUCUCUUUUACCUUCACAUUCUUCUCCUCCAUCAUCUACUUUGUGCUACGCAAGAAGACUGCAUGAGAAGGACACUAGUGCUAGCCCCAACCAGCCCAAAAUCUUUGGCUGGAUCUACUCUUUCAGCGAAAAUCUGGUUUUAGUUACCAAGUGAUAUGUGGCAGAUUCCAGAGGGGUUGGUGUUUAUAUUUGCCUGUUUUUGGACAUCAAUGAAAUUAGAUUUGAGCUGCUAGUGUACAUUCAGCUCUAGAUAUAGCAGCCCUGUUGAUCCUCUCAAAUACAUAUGGGUGUUUAAUUGAGUCUGCUGCUGUCAGGUAGUCAGGGUUUCACACUUUGUGGAGUGUUUUGAUUAUCUCUGCAGUGAAAGGCAGGCUCAAUAAAUCACAGCUGUAUUUGAGAGGAAUGUUACUUUCAAUCCAGUUUGGGCUGGAUUUCCACAAGGCAUCUAAGGAUUAAGAAUAUUUUUUCAUUAGCUGGGGGGGAGAAAAGCCUCAAUGCGUGUAAGAUGCCACAAUAAAUUAAGAUCUAUCUGUAGUUUUGACUAGUUUUGAUAAUAGCAGAUUGAAGAGUAAAAUCUGCGGUCUUUAGUUUUUUCUAAUGUACAUUUACAUUUGGAUUUGAGUGCUGGAUAAAAAGGGGCGAGUUUAUUAUUUUUCUUUAUUUUAUUUUUAGUUCAUCAACUUUGUUUCACUUAUCACCUCGAUCUUACUUUAUGUAAUGUGUCAUUAAUUCAACAGAGUGUAACCAUAAUGUGAGUGCAUCGAUUGAAGUCUUAAACAUCUAAAAAAAUCUGUUCAUAUGUGAUAUUUUUGUAGAUUUAUGUGUGAUCUAAUGAUAAAGCUAUGCAAGUUUUAAGAAGUUUGUUUCAUAAUUAUUUUUGAUUAGGAAGAUUAGUGUAAAAUACAAUACCAAAUCAUUUAGUAUAUACACUAUAAUGGUUCUCAAUCCAGGGACAUUAUUUUUGAUAGCUUUUUAAAUAGAAUGAAAUCUAAAGUAAUAGGAAUUUUGAGUUACACUCAUCUGGUAUGUAUUAAAAACAUAGUAUUAUAUCAAAUCCUCACAAGCUGUCAUAUACUUUCAUUCUUUGUCAAAUCAGCUCCGUGUCAACAUGGUGUGACAGAAAAGAGGCUGCCUUGACCCUUGAAGCCUGAGAUAUUAUGUGUAAAUAUGCUUUGUAUGUCUAAUGCUGUUUUAUUUUUGCUGAUGUUAUUUCUCAAC